UUGUGUGGCUCUGCCAAUUUUCUCUUCAAACAAAAAAUAUUGCGUUGGAAGAGUUUUAAUUUUUAUUUUUAUUUUUUAUUUUUUGUAUAAAUGCUAAAACGUGAAAAACAAAACAAAAAAACAAAAAGAGACAUCCUAAAUUAUAUUUUGCAGUCCGAAAAUGCCAAAAAACGUUUCAAAGAUACUCAUUUAUUAUGUAGGAUUCGCCGUGUGUCUUGAAAACUAGAUACCUUGUUGGAACAUUUGUCAGCCAAUCACUCAUAAUCUUCGAUCCUCCAGAGACGUGACUUUGGGUCUCGGGCUCAUAAAAAUUUCGGAAAGACUUCAUAUGACACUAUUCUGUUUCGCCAGGACCAAAAAUGUUCGCACCGACCAGCUGUUAUUUUCGACCUUCUCUUAAAUUCUUUUCCGACCAUUCUUGUAGUAAUAGGUUUAAAUCUUUGAAAUCCUUGUGUUCUUCAAGAUUUCGCACCUCGAAAUUGGUAUUCUCUAGUGAAUUCGUGCCCAAGAAAGGUCUUUUAGGGACAAACAGGUUUUUGGGUUCCAAGAACAUGGUUGAAUUUGAAUUGAUUAAAACUUCUGGUUUUGGGAACUCAAAUGGUGAAGAGGGCGUUAGGGUGCUUGAACAAGAAGAAUUGAUUGAUGGGUCCUCUGAGUUUCGCUCUGGGUUGAGGAGUGUUGGGCUGGAAUCGACUCUUAAUCGACUGAGUAAGUGGCUUGUAUCAGCUCUUUUUGCUGCUGUGAUCCUUGGGAGGCAUGAUACUGAAGCCUUGUGGGCUGCUAUGGGAUCUAUUGUAAAUGCCAUGCUCUCAGUUGCACUCAAACGGAUUCUAAACCAAGAGCGACCUGUUGCUACAUUGAGAUCUGACCCUGGGAUGCCUUCUUCACAUGCACAGUCCAUCUUCUACACUGUCAUGUUUGUUGUUUUGUCAAUUGUUGAAUGGCUAGGGAUAAAUGAAAUUUCGCUGACCAUCAGUGGAUUUGCAUUGGUAUUUGGAUCAUAUUUUUCAUGGCUACGAGUUUCACAACAACUUCAUACCAUCAACCAAGUGGUUGUGGGUGCUGUUUUGGGUUCAUUAUUUUCCAUUUUCUGGUAUUGGUCGUGGAAUUCUAUUGUAGAGGAAGCAUUUCUCUCCUCUUUGUGGGUACAAAUAUUUGUUGUUUCGGUUGCUGCGGCAUUUUGCAUAGGAUUUAUGUACUAUGUGUUUAAAAAUUGGUUUCAUGAUGAAUGAUGAAUUAGAUAAAUUGAACAUUCAACUGUAAACGGAGACGCAAUUCUUACAGAAUUUUACUAGAACGUUUCAACAGGAAAUACAUUACUACUUGUUUC